UCCGUGUGUGUGUGUGUGUGUUUGUUUGUUAUUCUCAUACACGCUGUUGCACAUGUGAACUUUUUGUACUGGUACUUUGAGCAGAUUCAGUCAGUCACUGCUUUGCUUUGUUUCGGUUAUAUGUACAGUUACGACUACUCGUCCUCUUCUUUGUCCUGAAACUUCAUCUAGACAUUUUACAUGCAUAAAGAACAGUGCAGGAGACAAUUACGAAAAAAAAAACCUAAACUUCUGUGUACUGCCAGAAGUGUUUGACUUCAGAUGGACAGCAUUGAGCAAAGUGGCCUUCGUCACUACGGGGAGCCUUAUCUUGCAGUUGACCUGGACAAAGCACAGCUGGAUGUCCUUGGCGGGCGAGUGGAAAAGAAGUCCUUGUCAUUUUUGGAGAGGGUGAAAGCACAGUGUUGGUGUUCUGGUCCCAGGUUGAAAAGCGUCUUGCUGGGCUUUUUUCCUGUCCUUACAUGGCUGCCUUCCUACUCCAUGAGAGAAAAUGCCAUUGGAGACCUUUUGUCUGGAGUCAGUGUUGGGAUCAUGCAGCUGCCACAGGGUAUGGCCAAUGCCAUGUUGGUGGGAAUUCCUCCAGUGUUUGGUAUCUACACCUCCUUCUAUCCUCUGAUCAUCUACUUCAUCUUCGGCACUUCCAGGCACCUCUCCAUCGGUACUUUUGCUUUCCUGGCCAUCAUGACAGGGUCUGUGACAGCCAACGUGGAGUUGCUUAGCAACGGUGUUGAAGAGAGUCAGAUUGAUGUGGAAGCAGCUAAAGUGAAUGUGGCUGUACAACUCACCUUCCUCUGUGGCCUCAUACAGCUCCUGCUGUACCUGCUGCGUGCAGACAAUGUGUGUCGCUGGCUGUCUGAUCCUGUUAUCAGAGGCUACACUACAGCUGCAGGUCUGCAUGUGAUCGUCCUGCAGCUGCCAUUGAUGACUGGGAUACCCGCACAGAGACAUGCUGGACUGCUGGCUCCAGUUUGGGCUUUUAAGGAUGUUCUGCACGGAGUGACUGAUGCUGUACCAGGAUCUCUGUCAGUCUCUGUGCUUUCCGUGGCGAUACUCAUCGGAGGAAAGAUGCUAAAUGAGCGCUUUAAGAACAAGCUGCCUGUUGUUAUACCAUGCGAACUUAUACUGAUUGUCCUGGGCACCAUCCUGUCAGUGCAGAUGGAUCUAGCUGGACAGUACAGAGUCCAGGUGGUGGGACACAUACCCAGUGGGCUGUCUUCCCCAGUCCUUCCCUCUCUGUCUCUCUCUCAGGCCAGAGAGCUGUUCAUUCCAUCUCUGUCUCUGGCUCUGGUUGGCUUCACUUUCCACUCAGUUUUUGGCUCAAUGUUUGCCCACAAACACAACUACAUCCUGGAUCUCCGUCAGGAGCUGCUGGCUCUGGGUUUGUGUAACACCAUAGGAGGAACGUUCCAGUGUUUUGCUGUCAGCUGCUCUUUCUCUCGCAGUGUGGUCCAGGAUAGUAUUGGUGUCAAAUCACAGCUGGCAGGUUUGGUGUCGGCUCUGAUGAUUCUAACCAUCUUGUUGAAGAUUGGUCACCUCUUUGAGCAGCUGCCAAAGGCAGUGUUGGCAGUGAUCAUCGUGGUGAACCUGCAGGGGAUACUUGCUCAGUUCAAAGAUGUGUGUGUGCUGUGGAAGUCUGACAGAUUAGACAUGCUGGUGUGGGUAGUCUCGUUGAUUUCCACACUUAUCUUUAACCUGGACUUGGGUCUGGCUAUAGCUAUCAUCUUCUCUUUGCUCGCACUCGUCUGCAGGACACGAGACUCCUCCACUGUUGUUUUGGGUCAUAUUCCUGAUACAGACUGUUACAGAGAUGUGGAGCUCUACACUGAGGCAAAGCAAGUUCCUGGCAUAACUAUACUGUCCUGUUCCAGUCCCAUUUAUUUUGCCAAUUCGGAGCUGGUCUUCACAGAGAUCCGACAGACGGUGAGCCGUGAUCAGACAGAGAACCCAGCUGGAGUCCACACUGCCUCCUCUUCCUCCUCCUCCUCCUCCUCCUCAGCACAAACCUCAACACACACUCAUUGCUUGGUUCUGGAUCUAAGCUCUGUCAGCUUCAUGGACUCUGUGUCCAUGUUAGCGCUUUGCAAGGUUGUAGAGGACUUGGAGGACCGGGGUGUCCGUGUGUUUCUGGCAGCAUGCCCAGAGAGCGUGUUAUCCCAGCUUCAAGGCUGUAUAGCAGACAACCUGCCCAGCUCCUGUCUUUUCCCAUCAGUCCAUCAUGCUGUCCAGCGCUGCCUCAAGACCCUGCCCAGGGCUCUGAAGGAAAUCAACCCAGAUGAGACUGAAUGUUGAAAGUACAAUGUGACUGCUGAUUUUGAAAAAGAAAAAUCCUGGGGUGAUGCUUAAGGCUUUAGGAUGGCAGAUAAGCAUUUUCAUUUUCAUUCCUAUUUUUAUUUUUUCUUAUUUUAGAAGAAAGCCAUUAACACCUUUCACAGUUUGUAUGUGCCUACACUUAUUGUGUCUACAUUUUUUGCUGCACCCCUCUGCUGUCUGCAGACUAAACUGAAGUUGCUUGGAGAGACAUGCCCCAAGAUGACAAUCACUGACCCAUUCAUAAUGACUGCAAAUGUGGGUUUAAUCCAUGUCACUGUGUCAGUCAGUCACAGAGCAAUGACAGAGAGACCAUAGCUGCCAGUAAAAGAGCUGUUCUAGCAGAGGAUUCACCCCAGAUGAAACUCAAAUACAGUUCCUGGCUUAUUCGUUUUAAUCUUAAUCUUGUCUUAUUUUGUUAUUCAGAUGACAGAAGGCAGUGACUGUU